AUGUACGCUCAAUCAAUCGUCGCCGGGAUCCUCAGCAUUGCUGCCCUUUGCAGCGCCGCCCCUCUCGCUGGUCGCAGUCAGACUGGCAGCUACAGCUACAACAAUGGCACCUCAACCACGACAGCCUGGCCAAUGAGCACCAGCUCCUCCAAUCAUACCGCUCCCUAUGGCUACAACAAUGGCACCUCAUCUAGCACCCCGCCCCAUCCGACGACCACCGGUUCUUGGUCUGGAUCACCGUACAAUGGCCCAAGCAGCAGCAACCAAAAUCAGCCUAUUGCCACCAUCCUCCCCGACUUCACUUCUCAAUAUACCGUCUCCACUGGUGCCGUCGAUUUCCACACCAGCGAGGGCCUCGUCUGGCGCACUCCGUAUAACAAUGGAAAUGACAUCACCACGCUGGUCACGUUUGAACUUGAUGCGAUGUACAGCGGCAAUCAAUGCCAGCUGGUCUUCGACCUGGGCAGCGACGGCACAAGCUUCGUCAGCGGUACCGGCAAAGCCCAACUUUUCACGUCCCUCGCGCCCGCCACAGCCGAUAGCGAGAGCUGGCCCUCGGGCAACCUUCGAAAUCAAGCUCUCGGCACCAUCGACGUGAAUGCUUACGGGCGCGCCACCUGGGAAGCCGGUUCCGGACCUGGCGCCACUGUCCAGGGCAAGUUCCCUUGCUCCAUGAUCGCGGGAAUGAUCUACGGCGGAGAGAUUGCCCCCGUUGGUGAUGAGGAUGUCAUCACUUGGACCGCCGGACAGGCUGAUGGACCCAAGAUCCUCGUCUUCUAA